UAAUAGCAUUUCAUACUAAGAAAUCGCGACUACAGGAUAAGACGACUUAGGACUAUUUUGUGCAACCAGCUCAACCACCAAGUGUUCGGUGUUUUGCCACAAAGAGAGAAAAUCGUAUAAACUUCAAUUGAUGUUUUUUGCAAGUUGAAUCUAUAAUAGCCUUCUUCAUGGUUUCACUCCUUGCAGACUCUCUUUAAGCCUUACAUCGCGUGUGUGUCUUGGACUAUUCUUGGCUCGUGGGUCGUGCUGCUUCGUCUGAGAAAGGUCACAACUGGGACCUUAGGUUUUUCCGUUUUUUCUUUAAUGGAAGGAUGGCUCUUCCAGUCAUCGAAGAUAAUUAUGUGGGCUCCAGCAAUCGCAAAUUGCAGCAGCAUUUGCGUCAGUCCCAUAAAUUCUUUCUUCUCAAUCUGAAGUCUCAACGUCAACGUUUUUGAGGUUGUAGCGUGUGCAGAGACCACAAUAUAUGAAAUGGAAUGUGAAAACUGAAACAAUUUACCCACGCAAUCAUGGAAACAAAGACGCCCACCCAAAAGCCCAAAACCCAUUUGAAUUGAAUGCGUCUUCUUCCUUCUUCCCAUUCAUUCUGAUAUCUCAAGUCGCCUUACCACUGUAGCAUGUCAGGCUGUAGUGGGAAGCUUAUAGCUGCCCCACAGGGACCCACACAGCCUACAAUUUAACCCCUUCUUCUUCUUCUUCAAUGGCUUAAAGCAUCAUUGUUUAUUCUUCUUGUCAAGUCCCUCCGCACCUCCUCUCUCCCCCUUUCUCUAUUUUUAUCGGAGACAAAGAGAAGUUUUUUCCUUAAUUCUUCUCAGACAAGAAUCUCCGAAAGGCCCAGGAGCUGCUUCACUGAAUAAUCAGUCUCUCAUCUCCCAGCCCAGAUAAUUUUCUUCUCUUCUUCUGCGUUUCUGGCCGGUGAAGAUUCGGUUCAGGGCUCCUGGGUUCCGCGCGAAUUUUCAUUCAAUUCCUCUUUUCCUUUUUAUCUUCUCCGAUCUUUGUUGUCUCCACUUGAAUUGUGGCCUGAGCAGAUAAAUUUUCAGGUCGGUCACUGGGUUUGAAUCAGAAGGAAACAUGUUUUGUUUCCAGGUUUCAUUGGAAAUCAUUUGUACUCAGCCUGAAUCAAAGGCUCGAUAUAGCUACAAUUGAUCGAGUUACUUUGCAGAAGGAAUUUGAAAAACUUAGUGGGUUUCGAAUAUUCAAUUUGAUGCUUGAGGUACUACGUUCCUCGAUAGAGAUGACCAUGGACCGAGGCUUGUCAGGCGACGUCCAUGAGGGAAGUAAUCGAGGCUUGGUAUUGGCGAUUGAAUGCUUGAAAGGGAGCUCGAAAGCUGACGAAUGGAAUGGAAACAUGCUUCAGACAGGUGACAUCGUGGAGGAGCUAAAGAUCGGAAACCUGUUGAGCGUUGGACCGCCGUUCAAGAAUGGAAAGCAUGGGGUGCAGAAGCUCCUCCACACGUCGUACAAGAAGAGGGAAACGUUGAUUAAGGUCCGAGUCCGACGCGGCCGAUACGAGGUCGUUGAGUUGCAGGCCUGUAUCGUCCCCAACGAGGCCGCCGGGAAGAAGCAGUAUAUGUUAAGAUCUAUUGAUGAUCCUAAUUACGCCGUUGGAUUCGCUGAUCGGACGGAAAGCGAUUGCCUUGCCUACCAAGGUUCAAGAAGAUCUAGGUUGGUCUCUGCAUUAAGCAAAGCACAACUUCAAGAUGGCUAUGUACCAUAUCGUUGGGAGAGGAAGAUGCAGUUGCUUACAGUUCCCAAUUCAAGUUGCUUUCUUUCUAUCCUAUUUCUUCCAAAGGCAUCAGACCGAAUUGCUUCGCGGUACAAUGACAUUGAGGAUACACUUGCUAGGGCAAAUGCCUGGCUAAAUGCUUCUCAGGCCUCUGGGGUCCCUAUAGUGCUUAUGAAUAUCCAGACUGAGUCUCUCCUUACAAAGAUAUCUGGGGAGACUGCUUCAGCUACUGUCAAUGCUGGGUCAUUUUCUGACCUAUCAAAUCUUGCAAAUGUUAGCCUUUAUGGGUUUGAAGAUUACCAUGGGGUUGACAUUGGUGUGGUGAGAGCAGUUCGUCUCUGGUAUGCUCCUAUUGGAGGAGAGGUUGCAUUGGAGAUUGAUCUAAAGGAAGGUGACUCAAAGCUUGGGUUUGCAAUUAGUCGUACAGAAGAGGGCUUCAUCUUCAUUUCUUCCGUUGCUGAUGAUGAGAACAAUGAGCUAGCAUCAACACGAUCAGGACUUAGGGAUCUAUACAGAGAGGCAGUGAGUGCAUCUAAGUUCCUGGUUAUCUCAAGAGUAUCAAACCAGAAAGUCCUUCCUUGGAUGGUUUCUUCAGCUGGGGCGAUCCGAUGUUAUGACACGGUCUCGCUGAGCCAGAAGUUGUCAUUGCACCGCCACGCCUUACGUCCUAUUUUUAUCCAUGUGUUCAUGUGGGACUGUACAUUAGUUUCCGAAGAUGAUGGAAUUGGCAAGUUUAGGGCCAGUUCACCAACUGCAAUGCCACGAAGAUCUGAAGUCCAAUUGCCACGUCAUCCAUCAAAUGAGAGUCAAGUCCUGCCUCUGUCUCCUGAAAUUGAAUUGGCGCAGCCAUCAACUGAGAGCCGUGUCCAAGGCAAUGGGCCAGAGCUCAUGGGAGACAGAGACACGGCAGGGGAACUAUCAUUUAGAUUCCAUAACUUUUCACUCUCCAGCAACUGGGUUUGAUCCCUUCCCCACUUCCCUUUCUGUUAGUGUACAUAUGAGAUUAUGUCAGUUGAUUCCCCUCGAGUGGUGUUAGUUCCCUGUUACAAGUUUGAUUGAGAAAAUAAACAGUACACUUUUUUGCCA